AUGGUCCUACUUUUCCCAUCAUCUCAUCCCAAAGCCAAAGGUGUCGCUUCAGAUUCUGCUAGUGAGGCGGCUGGUCUUUUGAAAUGGAAGGCCAGUUUUCAAAACCAGAACAAUAGCUUGCUAGCCUCGUGGAACCUCCAUUCCAUCAACGGCAAGAAUUCUUCCAACCUUCCAUGCACUUGGGCUGGCAUUUCAUGCAUUAAUGGAAGUGUCAGCAAGUUGAAUCUCUCAGAGUACAGCAUAAAAGGUAGCCUUUAUGACUUCCCAUUUUCAACCCUCCCAAAUCUUGAAUAUCUUAAUCUUAGCCUGAAUCAGAUCUUUGGCAGCAUACCUCGUGAAAUAGGUAACCUGUCCAAGCUCAUUUAUCUUGAUUUCUCAGUUAAUGAGUUGUCAGAAGAAAUCCCACCUGAAAUUUGCAACUUGAGAAAUUUGACUCAUUUAGAUCUCUAUAGUAAUCAACUUUCAGGUCCAAUUCCAUCAGGAAUAGGAACUCUGCAUAAUUUGAUUAAACUUUUUCUGGAGGACAACAAUUUAACAGGUCCAAUUCCAUCCACUUUUGGCAACCUCACCAAGCUAGUGAAGUUAUAUCUUUUCCAAAAUCACCUAUAA